AGUGAGUGGCACGGCUCUCGUAGCCGCCGUCUUCACGAGAUCACCGGGGACCGGGAUAUUAUUUUGAAGACCAUGUCUGGAAGUUUCUACUUUGUAAUAGUUGGUCAUCAUGAUAAUCCAGUAUUUGAAACUGAAUGGCUACCUCCUGGAAAAGUAGAGUCGAAGGAUGAUCAUCGCCAUCUCAACCAGUUCAUAGCUCAUGCUGCUCUUGAUCUAGUAGAUGAGAAUAUGUGGCUAUCUAACAAUAUGUACUUGAAGACAGUGGACAAGUUUAAUGAAUGGUUUGUUUCUGCAUUUGUUACUGCAGGACAUAUGAGAUUUAUUAUGCUUCAUGAUGUAAGACAAGAAGAUGGAAUUAAAAACUUCUUUAGUGAUGUUUAUGACUUGUAUAUAAAGUUUGCAAUGAAUCCCUUUUAUGAGCCCAAUUCUCCUAUUCGAUCCAGUGCAUUUGAGAGAAAAGUGCAGUUUCUUGCGAAGAAACAUCUUUCAAGCUGAAUACCUUUUUUGAGUAUGGUACUUAAUUACAGUUCAAACAUUCAUAAAGAUGCAAUAAACUUAAAUAUUGUGGUAAGUGUUCAGCAUGUUUGAUACUUAUCUUUGUGAAGACCAAGGUAACAGCUCUUUCUGCUGAUAUAAUAAAAAACCAUUUAAGUUCCUAUGGUUAUGAGAAAUGCUACUAAAACCAUCCAGUCGCCACAUCAAAAAAGUGCUAAGUUAAAACAUCAUUAAGCUUAACCAGCAUCAGUAAAUCAAGUACUGUGUUCCAAAGCUUGAGACAUCGUUAUAAUGUUUGCUUUACAAUGGAGAUAUGAAAAGCAGAUUUCUCUGCUUCAGUAGUUCUAAGUGGAAGAAGCUGUAGUUUAUUUUACAAUAGUAUGCCUUGGUACAAACAAACAAUUUUUUUUCAGUGAAGGCUAAAUGGGCAGAUCAGAGCUUACUAUUUUUCUCCUUUGUGAGAAAUUGUUGAACAGUACAACACUAGACUAUCAGAUUAGAUUUAAAUAUAUAUUGCUAGAAGAACAGAUGCAUGUUGUAGAAUGCUGUGUUUAUCACCUCUAGGGAUGGCAAAAAAAGACUUUGCAAUACUGUCUUCUAUUACAACACCAACCUUUGAAUAAGAUACUAUUUUAAAGGUAAAAAAAAAA